ACAUACUGAGGCCCCACUGCUGUCCGGAAGGAAGGUAGAUAUCGCACCGGCUUCCAAAGUUUAAAAAAUGUGUCUCCUAACUAUAUAGUUUCAACACAUAGACCUUAAAUUGUUGCGUGUAUAUUUGAGUUCAUGAUUUAAGUAGAGUUUGAGUUGUUUGUUUACACUGUGUGGAUGAAAGGUCGAGCUUUGAAUUGGGGGUGGACUGGACAGGAUUGUGGCCGGUGAACAGAGAGAAUCCACCAGACACCCCAUGUGAAUAGCUGCAUUGUGACAUCUCAUGGUCAAACCCACUGGCCCCUGGAAGGUCUGUGGUGUUUUUGACCACAAGAGCGUCUGCCCUAGCUGUGCUGAGGCUGACGCAGCGUGUCUCGGCACUGAGGACUAAAUUAAAGUGUCCUCUUGUUGACGGUCGCCCCUCGCUGUCGGCCCGCAGUGCAAAAGACUUCCAUUUGCUCAGGAUGCCGCACACCAACAAAUUCAGGAAUGUACAGCCCUGUGAGUUUUUGGCCUCUGCACAGUCUGGGACUCCAGAAGAUCCAGAUCUGCUGUCCCAGAAGGAGAGCCUGGAAGGCGGAGAAGGAGAGGACAAUGUAGGAGACAGCGAGAUUGUCAAAUCACCCAGUGACCCCAAAGAGUACAGGUAUAUUGUGCUGGACAACGGGCUGCAAGCACUGCUCAUCUCAGACUACAGUGGUCCCACAGCGUCAGAUGAUGAGGACUCAGAUGAAGAAGAUGAAGGUGAAGAUGAAGAAGAGGCGCAGGAUGAUGACUCUGGGGAGGAAACUGAGGAUGAGUUGGAGGAUGAGAAAGGCAGCGACAAUGAUGAUGAUGAAGACACGGAGGGUACAAAGAAGAAAGGGAGCUCUGAGAAGCAGUCUGCAGCAGCUCUGUGUGUGGGAGUGGGCAGCUUCAGCGACCCCAAUGACCUGCCUGGCCUCGCCCACUUUCUGGAACACAUGGUAUUCAUGGGGAGUGAAAAGUACCCCUCAGAAAACGGCUUUGAUGCUGCCCUCAAGAAGCACGGCGGGAGUGACAAUGCCUCCACCGACUGUGAACGGACCGUCUUCCAGUUUGACGUCCAAAGGAAAAGCUUCAAAGAGGCUCUUGACAGGUGGGCUCAGUUCUUCAUCUGCCCCCUGAUGAUCAGAGACGCUAUUGACAGGGAAGUGGAAGCCGUUGAUAGCGAGUACCAGCUGGCCAAACCAUCAGACUCCCACAGGAAAGAGAUGCUGUUUGGCAAUUUGGCUAAACCUGGACACCCUAUGGGCAAGUUCUGCUGGGGCAAUGCUGAGACCCUGAAGCAGGAGCCAAAGAAGAAGAAGAUCAAUGUCUACAAGCGUCUGCGAGCCUUCUGGAAGAGACACUACUCUGCUCACUACAUGACUCUGGCCGUGCAGUCAAAAGAGAAGCUGGACACUCUGGAGGAGUGGGUGAGAGAGAUCUUCAGUAAGGUGCCGAACAACGGCCUGCCCAAACCCGAUUUCUCUGACAUGCUGGAUCCUUUUGACACCCCAUCCUUCAACAAGCUGUACAGAGUUGUUCCUGUUCGGAAGGUUCACGCUUUGAAUAUCGCCUGGGCCCUUCCACCUCAGGGGAAGUACUACAGAGUGAAGCCUCUCCAUUACAUCUCGUGGCUCAUUGGCCACGAAGGCACAGGAAGCAUCCUCUCAGUACUCAGAAAGAAGUGCUGGGCCUUAGCUUUAUUUGGAGGCAACAGUGAAACGGGUUUUGACCAGAACACCACCUACUCCAUCUUCUCCAUCUCCAUCACCCUCACUGAUGAAGGUUUCCAAAAUUUCUACCAAGUGACACAUCUGGUGUUUCAGUAUCUGAAGAUGCUGCAGACUCUUGGACCACAGCAGAGGAUAUAUGAAGAGAUUCAGAAGAUUGAAGCAAAUGAGUUUCGCUAUCAGGAGCAGAUUGACCCUAUAGAGUUCGUGGAGGACAUCUGUGAGAAUAUGCAGCUGUUUCCUAAAGAAGAUUUCCUUACAGGAGAUCAGCUGUUGUUUGAGUACAGCCCUGAAGUGAUCAGUACGGCUCUGUCCCUCCUCACCCCACAAAAAGCCAACCUGAUGCUGUUGUCACCAGAACAUGAGGGCCAGUGUCCCCUGAGGGAGAAAUGGUUUGGCACACAAUACAGCAUGGAGGACUUCCAGCAGGAGUGGAUGGAGCAUUGGACAGACAGCCAGCUGAACAGUGACCUCCACCUUCCUGCAGAGAACAACUUCAUUGCUACUGACUUCACCCUGAAGCCCUCUGACUGCCCCGACACAGAGUAUCCUGUCCAGAUAGCCAACAGCGACAGGGGCUGCCUGUGGUACAAGAAGGACAAUAAAUUCAAAAUCCCCAAAGCCUACAUCCGAUUCCAUAUAAUCUCUCCUGUAAUCCAGCAAUCCGCUAAGAACGUGGUAUUGUUUGACCUGCUGGUCAACAUUCUGGGCCACAACCUGGCAGAGCCGGCCUACGAGGCUGAAGUCGCACAGUUGGAGUAUAAACUUGUUGCCGGUGAACACGGCCUGGUCAUCAAGGUUAAAGGGUUUAACCACAAACUGCCUCUGCUGUUCUACCUGAUCAUCGACUACCUGGCUGAUUUCUCUGCCUCCCCUGAUGUCUUCAGCAUGUUUGUAGAGCAGCUGAAGAAAACCUACUUCAACAUCCUCAUCAAGCCAGACAAACUCAGCAAGGAUUUGCGUUUGUUGAUCCUGGAGCACUCUCGCUGGUCCAUGGUGGAGAAGUACCAGGCCCUGACCGCCGGUCUGACCAUGGAGGAGCUCAUGGAGUUCAGCCGGUGCUUCAAGGCCGAGCUGUACGCAGAGGGCCUGGUGCAGGGGAACCUCAGCAGUGCUGAGUCUGUGCAGUUCUUGCAGUAUGUCACAGAUAAGUUGAAGUUCUCUAAGCUGUCAGUGGAGGUGCCGGUAAUGUUCAGAGUAGUGGAGCUUCCUCUGAACCACCACAUCUGUAAGGUUAAAUCACUCAAUAAGGGAGAUGCCAACUCUGAGGUCACUGUUUACUACCAGUCUGGCCCCAGGACCUUGAUGGAGCACACGCUGACGGAGCUGUUGGUGAUGCACAUGGAAGAACCCUGCUUUGACUUUCUCCGGACCAAAGAGACUCUGGGGUAUCAUGUCUACCCCACCUGCAGAAACACCUCAGGCAUAUUGGGCUUCUCUGUCACAGUGGAAACACAGGCCACCAAGUUCAAUACUGAGCUGGUGGAGUUAAAGAUUGAGAAGUUCUUGGUCUCAUUUGGCGAGAAGCUCAGUGCGCUGUCUGAGGAGGCUUUUAAUACUCAGGUGACUGCUUUGGUGAAGCUGAAGGAGUGUGAAGACACGCAUCUCGGGGAAGAGGUGGACAGGAACUGGACUGAGGUGUUCACACAGCAGUUUGUGUUUGACAGACUCAACAGAGAGAUCGAGGCCCUCAAGCAGAUGACCAAAGCUGAACUGGUUUCCUGGUUCCACGAACCACGAGGACAGAACAGUCGCAAACUCAGCGUGCAUGUCGUGGGUUUUGGUGCUGAAGAGUGUGACAAUGACGACAGCAGUAAAAAACAGGAGGGUCGAGACAGUGAACAGGAGGAGAUGUGUGGUUCUACCUACGGGGAGGUAUCUAAGCUCACCUUCCUUCCUGCCUCAUCAAAGAUGGCGGGUGCCAUAGCCAUCAUGGACAUCCCUGCUUUCACUCGAGGCCUACCCCUUUAUCCCUACCACAAGAUACUUGAGUAGUACCACCCUCAGAUACACAGAUGUGCCACAGCUCUUCUCGGGCUGUGUUUGGAAACUUGGCCUCAUUAGAGACAUGGAAGGACAACAGGACCAGCUGCAGUUCCUCACUGGCCUUCUGGAUGUGAGGCCCAGCUGUUGGUUUUAACCCACAAACUGUGCGUGCAUAAGCUAAAUGAACUUGCUACCUGAGAAGUGACUGCACAUGUGAGUAUUCUUUUAGCUAAAUGACAUCUCUUCUGCUUUCUUACAUUCGGUUAUUUUCUGUCCUCAGAUACAGAGGGAUUACCAGUGUUCAUCCUCUGUCCCAUGUUAAGUGGAACGUAUCAGUCAAAUUCUCAUUCAUUUGUUACUCUGCAUUAACCGACGUCAAUAUUACCUUUUUCCGCCAUUUGUGUUCGAAGGCAUGCAGAGUUAAAGACACAAAUAAACUGUGGAAAUUACACAAAGUGUGAUCAUGAGCCGGAUUCGAAGCUCUGGAUCGUCUGGAUCAUGCUGUGAUACAAAACAAUAAAUCUGAGAGUGACUGUCUUAACCAACUACAUAACACA